AUAUAUCCCAAGACUCUUGUCUUCACAUUUUUUUGUUGUCUUAAAGCUUUGUUUAUUUUAAAUGUGACACUUUCUAGAAAGUCCUUGGCAAACAACGGACACAUUUUUGUGCGGUAACGGGUCACAGGUCAUCAUGUCUCCUGGCUACCCAAGCGGAUAUGAAAACAACAUGGACGUAAGGUGGUCGUUUAGUACACACCCUGGAAGCUUGCUCUCUAUUAAAUUCUACGAUUUUAAUCUGGACAACGGUUACGAUUAUGUUUAUAUAAGCAGCGACGGACAACAAAUGGCUAAUUUCACUGGUUCACAAUCGCCGGAAAUAACUGUGUCUACAAGUAACACACUGACGGUUGUCUUUACAAGUGAUGGCAGUGUAACGUCCACAGGAUUUAAAGCUGAAAUAGUUAUCUAUCCAGAACCGUCAGACGGUGUUUGCUCUGACUUUAAUGAUGGAUGGUGUGGAUGGUCUCACACUAAUAGUAAUCAACAAUGGAGGCGUUCUUGUACAAGAAUUGAUGGCGCUGAUCGAGGGAAUCGCUACUCUUCAUCAGAAGAUUAUUAUAUUUACGUGGAAACGUACAGUGGAAGUCAAUAUGGAUAUCUUGACAGCCAAAUGAUACCAUCUACAUGGAGUGAUGUUUGUCUUCAAUUUUACUUGCAUAUGAGCGGAUCAGAUAAUGAACUGUACAUUUAUCAUUAUAACAAUUAUAAUUCGUACUGUGUGUUGAAUGCCCACGAUGAAUACAGCAGCCAAUGGAAACAUGUUAGUGUUACUUUUGCUAACUUUGCCAACUCUUACAUAAGGAUCAAAGGAAAAGCCUAUGGUUACUACACUACAGAAAUGGUAGCUGUUGAUGAUAUAUAUAUCAGUGACGGUACAUGCUCAAACUUUGAAGAAAGUCCUUAUCAAACAACAGACACAUUUUUGUGUGGUAACAAGUCACAGGUCAUCAUGUCUCCUGGCUACCCAAGCGGAUAUGGAAACAACAUGAACGUAAGGUGGUCGUUUAAUACACAUCCUGGAAGCUUGCUCUCUAUUAAAUUCUACGAUUUUAAUCUGGACAACGGUCACGACUAUAUUUAUAUAAGCAGCGACGGACAACAAAUGGCUAAUUACACUGGUUCACAAUCACCGGAAAUAACAGUGUCUACAAGUAACACACUGACGGUUGUCUUUACAAGUGAUGGCAAUGUAACGUCCAGAGGAUUUAAAGCUGAAAUUUUUAUUUAUCCAGAACCAUCGGAAGGUUUUUGUUUUGACUUUGAUGAUGGAUGGUGUGGAUGGUCUCAUACUUAUAGUAAUAACCAAUGGAGGCGUUCUGUUCAAAGAAUUGAUGGCGCUGAUCGAGGGAAUCGUUACUCUUUGGGAUCAGACGAUCAUUAUAUUUUUGUGGAAACGUACGGUGGAAGUGUAUACGGAUACCUGGAGAGCCAAAUGAUACCAUCUACAUGGAGUGAUGUUUGUCUUCAAUUUUACUUGCAUAUGAGCGGAUCAGAUAAUGAACUGUACAUUUAUCAUUAUAACAGUUAUAAUUCGUACUGUGUGUUGAAUGCACACGAUGAAUACAGCAGCCAAUGGAAACAUGUUAGUGUUACUUUUGCUAACUUUGCCAACUCUUACUUAAGGAUCAAAGGAAAAGCCUAUGGUUACUACUCUAGAGAAAUGGUAGCUGUUGAUGAUAUAUAUAUCAGUGAAGGUACAUGCUUGGACUAUCAAGAAAGUCCUUAUCAAGCAACGGACACAUUUCUGUGUGGUAACGGGUCACAGGUCAUCAUGUCUCCUGGCUACCCAAGCGGAUAUGGAAACAACAUGGACGUAAGGUGGUCGUUUAGUACACAUCCUGGAAGCUUGCUCUCUAUUAAAUUCUACGAUUUUAAUCUGGACAACGGUCACGACUAUGUUUAUAUAAGCAGCGACGGACAACAAAUGGCUAAUUACACUGGUUCACAAUCACCGGAAAUAACGGUGUCUACAAGUAACACAUUGACAGUUGUCUUUACAAGUGAUGGCAAUGUAACGUCCAGAGGAUUUAAAGCUGAAAUUGUUGUCUAUCCAGAACCGUCGGAAGGUUUUUGCUUUGACUUUGAUGAUGGAUGGUGUGGAUGGUCUCAUACUUACAGUGAUAGACAAUGGAGGCGUUCUGUUCAAAGAAUUGAUGGCGCUGAUCGAGGGAAUCGUUACUCUUUGGGAUCAGACGAUCAUUAUAUUUUUGUGGAAACGUACAGUGGAAGUGUAUACGGAUACCUGGAGAGCCAAAUGAUACCAUCUACAUGGAGGGAUGUUUGUCUUCAAUUUUACUUUUAUAUGAGUGGAUCAAAUUCUAAUUACCUACACAUUUACCAUUUUAACUAUUAUAAUUCGUAUUAUGUGUUUUCCACCAACGAUGACUACAGCCGCCAAUGGAAACAUGUUAAUGUUACUUUUUCUAACUUUGCCAUCUCUUACAUAAGGAUCAAAGGAAUAGCCUAUGGUUACUACUCUAGAGAAAUGGUAGCUGUUGAUGAUAUUUAUAUCAGUGAAGGCACAUGCUUGGACUUUCAAGAAAUAAAUACAACGCCAGUAAUUGACGUAGCUCGUACAACCGAAAUCGUUUCAACAUCGCAAGAAAUAAAUACAACGCCAGAAAUUACUGUAGCUCGUACAACCGAAAUAGUUCCAACAUCGAAAGAGUCUGAUUUGGGAUCAAAAACUGAAAUAAAUACAACGCCAGAAAUUGUCAUAGCUUAUACAACCACAUAUUGGACACCGACCUAUACAACAGUUGAUCCUUGUCUGGGGGUUCCGUGUGGACAGAAUGGAAAAUGUGAUACCAGUGACCAAGACCCACGUGGGUAUGUCUGCAUCUGUAACAGAGGAUGGAUUGGUGAUAACUGCAACGAAAGAACUGCAAUUUGCAGCGCUCAUGGUGAUCCUCACUAUACUACAUUUGAUGGCUUACGGUAUGAUUUCCAGGGAGAUUGUAAUUAUAUUCUUUGUCAGAGCACAAAUUAUAUUAAUCCACCGUUCACCAUUCUUCAACAAAAUGUAAGAGCACCCAACUCUCCCGUUUCAAGGACACAAGAAGUAACAAUAAUUGUCUAUGAUACGGUGAUAGAGUUUAAACAAAAUAAAGUUUUACUGAUCAAUGGAAUUGACAUGUCACCUCCUGCUAGUCCUGUUCCUGGCCUGAGUAUAGAACUAGCUGGUCGUUUUUUGGUGCUCCAAACAAACUUCAGCCUGGAAGUUAAAUGGACUGGAGGUAGUGAUGUAGAUAUUUCCCUUUCGACACGAUUCUUCAAUUCAACACAAGGCUUAUGUGGAAAUUUGGACAAUGACAGAGACAACGAGUAUAUUGCAAGCAAUGGAGAACAAACUGAGAGUAUCAAUGUAUUUGGCAAUAGCUGGGUGUAUGAUCCAGACAACUGUGACGGUGAAAUUGGUGAUGAUCCUCCAGAUCCAUGUGGUGAUAAUCCUGGCAAAAAAGCAGAAGCUCAAGCAAAGUGUCAGAUCAUUACUAACAGCACUGGUCCAUUCCAGAACUGCCAUAGUGUAGUUCUACCUGAAUCAUACUACGACAGCUGUGUUUAUGAUUUAUGUGCCACUUUACCAGCUGAAUCAGAUCUUUGUGAAGGUGUUGGAAAUUAUGCACAAGCAUGUUUGGACAGUAACAUUGAAAUUGGAGUUUGGAGAAGAACCAAUUUCUGUCCAUUAUCUUGUCCAGCUAAUUCACAAUACAAUCCAUGUAUGAAACCCUGUCAAGCUAGUUGUUCCCAACCGAUUCCAAGAGGUUGUAAUGAACCUUGUGUAGAGGGCUGUGAAUGCAAUGAUGAUUUUCUGCUAAGUGGAAGCCAGUGUGUCAGACAAAGUGAUUGUGGCUGCAAAUAUGGUUCAAGAUAUAUUGAGCCUGGUUCAAGCUUUACCAGAGAAGACUGUUCAGAAAGAUGCGACUGCACGGGGGGUGGUGGCAUUAGCUGUACUAACUUCACCUGUCAUUCAGAAAGUAUCUGUGGUCCUGUUAAUGGAGAUUAUGGAUGUAUCUGUAAUGAGGGAUACAUUGGAAAUGGAUUUGAAUGUCAACAAAUAAAUACAACGCCAGAAAUUGACUUAGAUAAUACAACCGAAUUAGUUUCAACAUCACAAAAGUCCAACAUGGAAUCUGAAAUAGAUGUUGUAUGCAGCGGUUCCUUUAUGACUGUUUACUUGAACGCUUCACUUGAAAACGCCGACAAUGCGCACUUUGUUGAUCCUUCAUGUACUGUCGCUGGGUAUGCUUAUCGUAACGGCAUUCCCUGGAUUUAUCUUUACACUCGUUAUGACCAGUGCCAAACCUCAAUAACGUAUGUUUACAACUCAUAG